AACAGAUCAAAUUCAAGGUUGGAAGCAGAGCGGCGUUCGAGUAGCACCGUCGGUAAUAAGGGAGCGACGAUGGCGACUCUCAUGGCUCUCCAUCUGCGACCAGUUCUCAGUCGUGCGGGCACAGCCACUCUCUCUCACCUCCACAAAACUAUCGCUAGAGCUAUGUCUAUUAAGGUUGGAGAUGAGAUUCCCAGUGUGGAUCUCUUUGAAGAGACCCCAGCGAAUAGUGUCAACUCACGUGACCUGUGUGCUGGCAAGAAGGUUCUGAUCUUUGCUGUGCCAGGUGCCUUCACCCCAGGAUGCUCAAAGACUCAUCUCCCGGGAUAUGUUAGCAGUGCUGAUGCCAUCAAAGCCAAGGGUAUCGGUGAAAUUGUGUGUGUGUCCGUCAAUGACCCCUUUGUGAUGAGUGCCUGGGGCCAGAACCAGGAAACCGGAGAGAAGGUUCGAAUGUUGGCUGACACAAAUGGAGAUUUCACCAAAGCCCUUGGCCUGGAGCAAGAUCUGGCUGUGUUGGGAGGCCUUCGAUCAAAACGCUACUCCAUGGUUGUGGAGGAUGGCAAGAUCACCCAGCUGAAUGUGGAACCUGACGGGAAGGGUCUCUCUUGCUCUCUGGCCGAUAACACCAUGGCUCAGUUGUAGAUUCAUGGAGGGUAGUAUUUAAUGCUGUUUAUGUUGUAAUGAAAAAUUAUGAUUGAUUUUCCCAGAAUGGAGGCAUUGUUAGCAACAAAUGACACUGUAAUAGCUUUAAUAUAGGAUUUCUUUUUUGGAGAUGAACAGAAGGAGAGUUGUUGUGUAAGAUAACUCCUGCUUUAGGGUGUUUUCUGAAUUUCAGCUGUAUAAUCCUGUGUUUGUUCAUUCUCGGGCACUUAAGUUGGUGCUUGAAUGUACGGAACUUAAAAAGAAAUAUACUAAAUCUUAUGACAAGACAUAUCAUAAUAAGUAAAUCACUAAACAUGACAUAAAAAGAAAGUACUUAAUAAUUUGACCGAUUGGUAUUACUUUCCUUUUGAAGAAAUGAUGUCAGUUGGUAGAUAUGGGAUUCAAUGGUAUUUUGCAUUUCAACUUUGUACAAGGCAGUUCAUAAUGACUCAAGUCAGGUAGGCAAAUGUUAGCUACUGAUGAUCAUAAAAGUAGCAAUAGUAAGUUCCUGUAAAUACCUAAGAGUUUUAUUGGUUAAACUGCAAAUUGCAUAAUACAAUGGUUAUACAAGCAGUUGAUUCCACAAUAGGAGAAAUUGAAGCUUAAGUUGCAAAAUGCAUCAUCUACACCAGCUGUAGAUCCAUGGACUUUACUGUGAUGGCAAAAAUGGCUGUGAGUUUAUCAAGAAACUCAAUAGCUCUUUCUUUUAUUGCAGUGUGUCAGGAAUGCUGCUUGGUUAUUUCUGAUUAGAGCUGUCCAAAAUGUGAUACUCAUUUAACAUGAUUACAAGACAUUGCAUUCUACAAUUAUACUGAAUAUUUAUUUUUAAUUUUUCAGUGAAAACUUGUGACUUACAUAAUGCAAGACAGUUGAUCUAUAUAGUUAUGAAAAUUAGCAAAUAAAUCAUUAAAGAGAACCGUUUCAGACAAAAGUGUUUCAUAAUUGUACCAGUUUUGUAAAUGUGAUGCAUUUAAGCAAAUAAAAAUCAGAUUACC